AUGGCAACACAGUUCCUGAAUCGGAUCGGGCAGCUGGGCCUAGGAGUGGCCGUUAUCGGAGGAGUGGUAAACUCGGCGUUAUAUAAUGUUGACGGUGGCCAUCGCGCGGUCAUUUUCGAUCGAUUCAGUGGAGUAAAGCAAGAUGUCACGGGAGAAGGAACACACUUCUUCGUUCCCUGGGUACAACGGCCAAUCAUAUUCGAUAUUCGUUCGCAACCUCGCAACGUGCCCGUAGUGACUGGUAGUAAGGAUUUGCAGAACGUUAACAUCACGCUGCGAAUCUUGUUCCGGCCGGUUCCGGACCAGCUGCCAAAAAUUUACACCAUCCUCGGCCAGGACUACGACGAGCGUGUACUUCCUUCGAUCACCACUGAAGUGCUGAAAGCGGUAGUGGCCCAGUUUGAUGCGGGCGAGUUGAUUACGCAGCGUGAGAUGGUGUCGCAAAAGGUGUCAGAUGAUCUAACCGAACGUGCGGCCCAGUUCGGUGUGAUUCUGGACGAUAUUUCCAUCACGCAUUUGACUUUCGGCAAGGAGUUCACGCAAGCCGUCGAAAUGAAACAAGUAGCUCAGCAGGAAGCGGAGAAGGCACGGUUUCUCGUAGAGAAAGCAGAACAGAUGAAGCAGGCGGCCAUCAUCACCGCUGAGGGCGAUGCACAAGCCGCUCAAAUGUUGGCCCGUUCGCUAAAGGAAUCCGGCGAUGGUUUGAUCGAGCUGCGUCGAAUUGAAGCCGCCGAAGAUAUCGCUUAUCAAAUGAGCCGAUCACGCGGCGUAAACUAUCUACCUGCCGGACAACAGACGCUGCUCAGCUUGCCACAGUAAAUGAAGCACAGUUAGAAUGGGGAUUUACCCGUUCGUUUACGUUUUCCUGUCAGUAAAAAGAAAUUGAUUUAAGCUGAAUGCGCAAUCUUGAACCGGUGAAGGAUCAAUGUACCCCAAUCUAUUGUUCUUUAAAUGAUGCCCUCAAAAUGCUGACUGCAAUGAACGAUUGAAUCCUAGAGAAUCGAGUUGUUUCAUUGAAAGAGUCUCUAGGUCGUAGUUGAUCAUAAGAGGCAUCGUUCUUUAAAGGACAUAGAAAUAGCAUUUAGAACAAUCGAAACCGGUGGAUUAUGAUAGAGAUGUACUAUAGAUUUAUCGAAACCUAUCCCAAGCCACAUUCACGUCGCAAAAGGCAUUGCUGUACAGUGCAUUUACGGAAGGGGAAUUAAAUCAUA